UGGCAACACUGGCACUCAGACGACGGGGGAAAGAGAGAGAGAAAGAGAGAAAGAAAGAGAGUGUUUGUUAGUAAACACGGAAUCGUUCCGGACCUCCUCCACCUCCGCCUUCUUCCCCUUUUUUUUCAAAUCACGGUUUCUUCUCUUCGCGAAGGAGGAACACGAUGUCCCUGCCUUUCUCUUGACAGCUUCUCGUCCCCUGCGAGACCGAUGUUAUGGGUUUCGACGUGACAAGGUUUCAGGGCGAAGUGGAUGAGGAACUGCUCUGUCCCAUCUGCUCAGAGGUCCUAGAAGACCCCCUUCAGGCUCCAUCUUGCGAACAUGCUUUUUGCAGCGGUUGUAUCAACGAGUGGUUGUCUAGGCAACAGACGUGUCCUGUCGACCGGCAGACUAUCACGUCCUCGCAGCUCAAGUCUGUGCCACGCAUACUGCGGAGUUUACUGUCAAAGUUAUAUAUCUCAUGUGAUAACAAACCCCACGGCUGCACUGCCGUCUUGAAACUUGAUCUCCUGAGUUCGCACUUAGAAGAGUGCGAAUUCAACCCCAAGCGUCCUGUGCCAUGUGAGCAAGGUUGUGGAUUGGUUGUCCCCAAGGAUGAACUCAAGGACCACAACUGUCUUCGAGAGAUGAGGAGCCUAAUUCAAAAUCAGUCCGGCAAGAUUGCAGAGCUACAGCAGGAACUGGCAGAGAACAAGUACCAGCUGAAUGAGCAGAAACGCGAAAUCCAGCUCCUGAAGGAUUUCAUGAGAGCUAUGAGAAUCAGCAACCCUCAGAUGCGAGCCAUCGCAGAUCAAAUGGAACAAGACGAGGUAGUUCGGUGGGCCAGCUCUUUGGCGCGUGCCAGAGUGACACGCUGGGGCGGAAUGAUCUCAACUCCUGAUGCCAUGCUACAGGGAUGUUUAAAUUCGCAGGCUGUGAUUCGACGCGCUUUAAGUGAAUCUGGUUGUCCCCCACAUAUCAUCGACCAGCUGAUGGAGAAUGCCCACGAGAGAAGGUGGCCCCCCGGUCUUUCCACAUUGGAAACUCGACAGAUGAACCGUCGGCACUAUGAAAGCUACGUAUGCAAGAGAGUCCCCGGAAAGCAAGCUGUUGUGGUCAUGGCUUGCGACAACCGCCACAUGAAUGACGACAUGCUUCUAGAUCCGGGAUUAGUCAUGAUUUUUGCCCACGGCAUUGAGUAGCAGCAGUAAUAGUAGUAGCGAAGAAGGAGCUUAUGAAGCCCAAAUGCUGAAGAGGAUCGCAAUGAGUGCUUUCAUAAUCGCCUGCCCUUGCCGGCGAAAUAGUGUAUAGAGAGCUCCAGUUAUGAUGCAAGCUGUACUAGAAAUUCCAGAGUUUAUCUUUUUUUUUUCUUAUUCUUUUUGUAAUCACAUGCUCAGUGCCAGUGGCAGACAUGACACCCUUCAUUGCCUCACUGUAUUUAUAUAUUAGUGAAGUCUAUGACAAAAAAAAACCCAUUAAUUACCAAGGUCUUAAGUAAACCCCCCUUGUCUGAGGAUGGUGCUAUAGCAUAUUUUUGUAAAUUAAUUGUUGUAUUCCAUUUUUUUUAUUUGUUUUGUCUAAUCUUGUGCUGUUUCAUGUCGAUUUAUCCUGUCGAAUCUGUGCCUUGUGCUAAAUGAGUAGGUUAUGUAUAUAUAGAUAUAAACUGUAAACAGAUUGCCAAUGUUAUUUUUUAACAGCUACUUAACACUGAAAGCAAGGUGAACGUUGUUGAAUUCCUAUUACUCACCCUAAGCUGUCGUGGUAAAAGUGUAGUUCAGGGGUCACGUCUUCCAGGGCCAAGGCCUAGAGUUUCAGUUUGGAAAGGCACAGAGAAUUGUGGAGGAGAAUUAUUAUGAAGUUACCUAGUUUUUUAGAGACACCUGCCUUUCAUAUAGGAGGAAAGUUGGUUCAAAUACUGAAAUAUCUAGUAUUCUCAUAAGAAAAGACUUGUACUUAUGUGUAUAACAAGAACCAAUAAUUUUUACGUUAAGGUAGCAGCACUGUUUAGCGUAGUUAGUUCGUCAAAGGUGUACAACAGUUCUUGGCAGUGAUUUUGAAAAAAAACAAAAUUUUGUAUAGUUUUAUCUGGACUCUUGUCAUUUCAGCUUUUUUUUUUUUUUUUUUUUUCUGUUGGAUGGGCUGUUUUACUCCCAUAGAUGCUUCUCUUUGGUGUAAAAGCUUUGCAGGUUUACAAUUAUAUCCAGUAACUACAGAAUCCUUUUAUAAUACUUGAUUUUUCUCAUAGCUUUUAGGAUUUUGAUGGAACGGUUCUGUAUGCAUAGUACGGUCGGUCCUGGUUAAGACUUCAUUUUCAAAGUUGAGAGCAGCUAUACGUAUUCCUUUGUAACAUUUAAUUUUUUCUGAUUUUUGAAAGUAGAAUUGAGCUGGCUAUUCUUUCACAUUCCUAAAUGAGAAUUUUCACUCUUGAUAUGGUUGGUGCAUGAUGGGAGAAUCAGGUUUUGUGAUUGAUUUUUUCAAUGCUGUCAGUAGUUCGAUGUGAAACUGGGAGAAAGUCCUGCUAUCUCCUGGAGGUUUUCACUUUUCAUUGAAUUAGAUUCAGACACUUCCCACUUUUUAAGAUCAGUAUUCGUAAGAUGUCUAGUACUGUAAUUAGAUUUUUAGGAAACUGUGCAAUACUUAAUGAUAUUAGAUUAUAUUAAUCUAGUCCUUAUCUUUCGGCUAGCCUUUGAAGAGUUUAGUGUUAAACUCAGAGGGCUGGUGUGAUUUUUAAUCAUAAUGUUGGAAAUACGUAACAUUUAAGACUGAUGCAAAUGAAAAGAUGAACAUAGGGUAACAAACAAUAGUUUGUGUCUUAAACUUUGUAUGUGCGUAUACAGUACCUUUGUCUUUUGUUUCAAAAACAUCCCAAAGUGUGCAUGUAUGUGUGUGGACACCAGAAUCAAAACGUACGGAAACCUAGUUGUUAAAUACAAUCUUUGAAAUAGCACUCACUCAACAAUGCUAAUAAGAUUGUACAUACUACUGUGUUACAAGCCUACUCAUAGUGAGUACAGUCUCUUAAGCCAUCAUUCCAUUCGUUUGCGAGAUACUUAAUUACUUUAUAGUUUACUUGUGCUGAUGUAAUCAUAAUUAACUUAAUGACCAGGGAUGCUGUGAAAAUGUGUUAGUAUUUGCAAAGGGCAUGUCAUUUAUCAUUUUUCCUUCAUCAUUUAUCCUUUGAAGCUGCAAGAACUUUCAACUUUUAGCCUCAGAAUAUGUUGUUUGCAGCUUGUAACAUGCACUGCACCGUGGGUGAUUGUCUUUGCAGAAUUCAUCAGGGAUCAAAAUCUUUAGAGGUACUUUAGCCACAACUUAUUCCUUAGAAGCUUGUGUGUGCUCAAAAGAAGGAAAAUGGUGGUGCUUGGAGUAAACCAUUUUUCUUCUGAGCCGUUCGGUGAGCAAUGGUUUGGUGGUUCCUUCCUCAGUGGUUGCAGUACAGUACUGGAGUUUGGAAAGGAUGGCAUACAACUUAGUAAAGAUUGCUCAAAAAGCCUGACUAGAUAGUUCAAAUAAGACAUUUAAGAACCAGUGUUAGACUUUCAACGUAGAGAAUUUUUUUUUGGUGGGGUAAGUAAUUGUGAUUUCAUUCUAGAAAGUGAGAACAAAAAUGUUUUCCUGUUGAUAACAUAUUUUUUUUUUCCAGGAUGAUUUUCAGAAGGCAGAAGUAAUUUUUAAGAGAGGGAUGUUACUUGUAGUGGGCAAAAUUUGGGGUUAUUUCCUGUAACUGUUAUGGAUAUACAGUACAAUGUCUUUGUUCUUGAUUUGAAAUAGAUUCAGUUAUGUGUAAGACACUGUUGUCAUAAACUAUCGUCAGCUUGCCGCUCCUACUCGAAUCAUUUUUCUCCACUGAAAGAGGCCUUGUUAUUUCGUUGUUAUUACUGUUUAUGUAAAGUUUUCUACAAUAGUUUCUCGAGAUGAAGAAAGCCCACGUGUAACCCUUUUGGUGGUGUUGUAGCCUACAGUCUGUCAGUUUUGUCUCUGAACUUAGACCGAAUGUUUAUCAAAUCUUACAGCUUGGUUGGACUGGCCCUUAACUGCUCUUCUACCAAAAGAGACAAAAGUACGAUGGUAUAUCCCAUUGAAAGUCACCGAUGUCUUUUGGAAAAGAGAUGUAGCGUGUCGUCAUGCGGAAGUGAUGUACUUAUUUUCAUGAAAUAAAUUUCCUUGUUGGCUGAA